UAAGUUCAAAUGUGAAGUCAUUCUUUAAAAUCUCGUCGACCAACAAGGUUCAUUUCCUAAUUAAAUUUUAAAUAAAUCAUCAUGAAUAAUUCUCAGCCAGAAUUUAGCGCGUCGUCUGUCGCGGAUUUUUAUACAGGAAGAACAAUUUUUGUUACUGGUGGAACGGGAUUUAUGGGAAAAGUGCUUUUAGAAAAAUUAGUUCGAUCUUUACCUUGCAUAGAUACGAUUUAUAUCCUUUUAAGACCCAAAAAAGGUUUAAGUGUUGAAGAAAGAGUUAAAAAAUUAGUUAGCAGUUUGCCAUUCACCUUGAACAACAUUGAUCCUUCCCACCUUGAAAAAAUCAAACCAAUUCGAGGAGACAUCACCAAAAAUGACUUUGACAUGUCGGAAGAAGACAAGAAUAAACUCAUCGAAGAAGUCUCCAUUGUAUUCCAUUUAGCGGCCGCUAUCAGAAUGGAUUUAAAUUUAAAAGAUGCAAUUAUGGCGAAUACAAAAUCUACGAUGCAAUUGUAUAAUUUUUGUAUGAAAAUUAAAAAAUUAAUUUCCGUUGUUCAUUUAUCAACCGCGUAUUGCAACGUGGAAAUUAGCGAAAUGGAAGAAAAAGUAUACCCAUUAAACUUGGAUCCUUACAAAAUUAUAGACAUGGUCGAGUGGAUGGAUCCUAAAUCACUGGCUGCCGUUGAGCAAAGUUUAAUUCAUCCACAUCCAAACACUUACACUUUCACAAAACGCCUUGCCGAAAUGAUAGCCGAUGAUAUGGGAAAUAAACUACCAAUUGUAAUAACUCGACCAUCCAUCGUGCUUCCUUCCGUUUUCGAACCAGCCCCAGGUUGGGUUGACAGCUUUUAUGGUCCAAUUGGCCUCAUGGUAGCUGCUGGAAAAGGCGUCUUACGAACGACUCUUUUAGAUCCGGAUAUGUCACCCCAAAUUAUUCCUGUUGAUAUAGCAAUAAAUGGGUUGAUUAUAAGCGGGUAUAGGAGAGCAACUUAUCCAUUCACAAAAACCCCAGUUUAUAACGUAACCCAAGGUGAUCGAUAUCAAGUUACUUGGGGUGAAGUUUUUGAUUAUUACCGUAAUUUAGUGAGCGAAUAUCCUUUUAAAAAAAUGCUUUGGUAUCCCGCUGGACAACCAACAAAAAAUUAUUAUUUAAAUCAAAUUUAUAUGUUAUUGUUCCAAUUCAUUCCGGCAUAUAUCGUUGAUUUUCUUUUAAUAUUGUUUAUGCAAAAACCAUUUUUGGUGAUGAUACAAAAUAGGAUUUAUACAGCUUCAAAUCUCCUUCAAUAUUUCACAAUAAAAAAGUGGAAAUUCUCUAAUGGAAAAGCUUUAGAGAUGGUUAAUCAAUUAAGCGAGGCUGAUAAAAAGGUGUUUUACACGGAUAUUGAUGUUGAUGUUAAAAAAUAUAUGUAUAACACGUUCUUUGGGGUUCGAAAAUUUUGUGUUAAAGAAGAUUUGAGUAAUAUGGGAUAUUAUAAGUUUCAAUUUAAAGCAUUAUACUUUUUAGACGUGGUGACUAAAAUACUUUUUUUAAAACACUGA